AUGCACAACUGCAAGACAAGAAAGAACCCAAAGACCACUUUUUUUUCUGUCUUUCCAUCCUUUCAGCCACACAUAACCCGCACUUGGGCUUUCUAUUCGUCGGCGUUGUUUUGGUUGCUGAGGUAUCUCAUUCUCCCCUGCUGCGGAUACCUGACCUUACCUCACCUACGUACAGAUACACUACCAACAGACUACCCGGUCUUCAGAACAGACCACACGCUAAGGUGCCGACCGAACAAGAACCAAACAUCGGAAAGUGUGAGCCUCACCUUUUCUUGCCCGGGCCACAGAUCGCACCACACACUGCACACUGCACACUGCACCGACACCGCACAUCCGUCGCAUCUGGCCGUUUGGGACAAAACCUCGCCGGUCCAUUCUCACACCCCCAGAUCAACUUCCACGUCUCCCAGCGACACGUUAUAUCCAUCAGGUGCAUCAGCUCUCUUUCGCGACUCCCGCCUUGGCAGCCACGCCCCACCAAGAGAUCGGCCGCUCUUCAGCCUUGUGCGUGUGUGUCUUGUUGCCUGCAACGCUGUCGCUAAACUGAUUUCUGCAGUGAGCUCUGAAGAUGAGGAUAACUACACGGCCAUCAUAGAUGGCAUCCUUGCGACCGCGGACUUGACGACCAUCACUCGCAAGAAGAUCCGUUUGGGUCUGGAGAAAGCUCUUGGCGGGAAGGACCUGACUGCUCAGAAGGAUGCCAUCAAGGCGCUGAUAGAAGAGCGCUUCGACGCCAUCUCAGGCUCCAACGACGCAGCCCCCGACUCGUACUCCGCAAGUCCCGCUCCGAAGCGCGAAGCCAACGGCCACGACGAUGAUAUUGAUGGCGAGAUUGAGGUGUCCGUCGCGCCUGUCCGGAAGAGACAGAAGCGUGAGGACUCGUCUGAAGACGCCGAUGCCAAGCUCGCUGCGAAGCUACAAGCUCAGGAAAACCAAAUGGCAAGAGGAAGGACAACUCGAGGCGGCAAUGGCGCAAGCAGUAAGGGUAGCAAAGCGGCCAAGAAGAAGAAGGCGCCCCGCAAGAAGAGCGACAAGAAGAUUGACGACAGCGACGUCGAGGACAGCGGCGAAGCGCCGAAACGCAAGGCUGGUGGUGGAUUCCAAAAGCCCUUCAACUUGAGCGAGCCGUUGUCAGAGUUGCUUGGCGAACCUCAGCUCUCUCGCCCGCAGGUUGUCAAGAAGCUCUGGGAACACAUCAAGGGCAACGACCUACAGGAUCCGGAAAACAAGAGACAAAUCAUUUGCGACGACAAGAUGCACGCGAUUUUCAAACAAUCCAAGGUGGAUAUGUUCCAAAUGAACAAGAUGAUCGGGGCCCAUCUUUACCCGGUUGAGGAGCAGUGA